AAGAGAGACCAAAAGAAAGAGUGGGUAGCCACUCUGGUGCACUCUGGUGGUUCCUGUAAAGGCUUCAGUAUUUGCUUGAUCUCCACACAGUGGCAUUGUGGCUACAACAAGAUUCUGAGACAAACUAUUCUCAGUGGACAGACUUAAAUGGACAAAUCUAAGCUUUUCGUACUCCAGAACAUUUAUUUCUUUAUACUCAUGCAUUUUUCCAGGACUCAUGAACUUUCUGCAACUUUUUUAGUUCUUUGGACAGUUUGGUUUCACCGCUUGGGAGAACAUGUUGCUUGUCUUGGAAAGAUGAAGACCCAGAAUGCUCAUUUGAGGGCUGCAAGAGGAGGACUCCUGAGGUGCGACAUAUGAGCAUUCUCUUCAAAGAAGAGAAAUCAUUUAAAGUGGAAAACUUCUCCUACUCUCAGGUUUGAGAGGAUUUAUGUCUGUGUGCUGGUUUAGCCAGGUCUAUAUUUUCUAAGAUUUUUAACACCAUUCAACUAGUGGUGACUGAGUUUUAUGCCAGUGAUGGAUCCUGGUAAUGGAACAUACUACCGAGAUCCACCGGGAGACUGGUUCUUCGUCAUGGCAGUCAACAUCAUCCUGGUCACAGUGUUGGGAAACCUGCUGGUCAUCAUUGCCGUGGCUCGCACUCCACAGCUACAGACUUCAACAAACAUCUUAAUCAUGUCGUUAGCAUGUGCGGACCUUAUCAUGGGGACCCUGGUGGUCCCGUUUGGGGCCAGUUAUGUUCUAACAGGUAAUUGGCAGCUUGGUAACACUUUCUGUAACCUCUGGACUUCAAUUGACAUAUUGUGUGUUACAGCGAGCAUUGAAACGCUUUGUGUCAUAGCAGUUGAUCGGUAUGUAGCCAUCACAAGGCCACUGCGGUACACAGUUCUACUCUGCAAAUUUCGUGCCCGAGUAAUAGUUUGUUUAGUGUGGGUUGUGUCUACUUUAAUUUCGUUUGUUCCAAUUAUGAUGACAAAUUGGUGGAAAAAUAAUGAAACAGAGGCGAUGGAAUGUUAUAAAAGUGAGAAAUGCUGUGACUUUGUGGUUAACGAACAAUAUGCAAUUUCUUCCUCAUUAGUCUCUUUUUAUAUCCCCCUGGUGAUUAUGAUAGCUGUGUAUGCAAAAGUCUUUGUUAUUGCUGCACGGCAGGUAAAGCUCAUAAAGAAAAACCGGCCUCGUUUUCAGAGCGACUGUCUUGCACAGAUUCAAACUGGUGCCAACUUGAACGAUCUCCUGCAGCCAGCGUGCAUGGCCUCCAACAGCUGCAACAAUGUGACGAGGAGAAAGAGUACCAAGAGGAGACCAUCACGACUGAUGAUCGGUGAGCUCAAAGCUAUUAAGACUUUAGGCAUCAUCAUGGGGACCUUCACCAUAUGUUGGCUGCCAUUUUUUGUUGCCAACAUAAUCAAAGCUUUUAAAAAAGACAUCCUUGAUGGGGACCAAUUCCUGUAUUUAAAUUGGCUAGGUUACAUUAACUCUGGCCUCAAUCCCAUCAUCUACUGCAGGAGUCCAGAAUUUCGAACUGCUUUCAAGAACCUUAUUGGCUGUCCGUGGCUCUCCACGGCAUGGCUGAACUCUUUUUAUAAGGAACUGCGAACUCGCUGCUCCUGCUUUCUAUGGCAAACUGAGCCAGGCACUGGGGAGUCUUUCCAAAAGUCUCCAGAUGGUAGGACUGAAGGCAGUGGCAGCCUGGGCAGCAGAAGUGAGGAGAUCUCCAUUGGUCUUUCACAAUCCAAUGGCAGCACACAGUUCACCGACUGCUUGGAGCCAGAAUCCUAACUCUGCACAUUUCAGGAAAAGGAUGGCUGAACUGUUACACGUUGAUCUACUGAAGCAAACUGUUACUGUGACUCCUGCAGUAUCUGAGACCAAUCAGCCUUGAAGACAAGUUAAAAAGCAUGAGCUGAAUGAAGCUUUACCAAAAGAGACCAGUAGACUGACUGAAAGCAGCAAAUUAAGACCGGAGAGGAACGCUAUGAUUUUCUUCUUUGUUUUUAUUUGUUUUUUACAGGACAUUGGCUGCUGUAGCAUGCUGCUCCAUAGACAUUUGUUCACACGUCAUGUACUUUCUGCUGCCAUCCAUAUGUUGACAUUUUGUUUACAAAGAGUGUUCAUGGAUAAGACAAAUGUAGAUUCUAAAUGCAUUGCUAAUCUUUCAGUGUACAGUAUGAGCCCUGUGGUCACAGAAAUAUCAGCUUCAACUAAUUCUUUGCAGUGCUUUAAGUGGUAAGUUAUGUAUUUAUGACACACUGAAUCUGUAGCAAAAUAACAAGUUCUGCUGAGGCCGGCAUCACCGUAGAGACAUUUUCAUAACACAAACCUUUCAGUGGUGCAUCAUCCAAAGCAAUGAGCGAUGCAGUGAUUUAACCAACUCUGUCAACUCUCGUUUUUUUUUUUUUUUUUGGAGCCUUGGCUCUUUGUUCGCACAAUUCAGCCUUGAUUCCUCUGUUUUGUUGUAAUUGUUUUUUUAUUUUUAUUUUAUUACAAUGUGAAAAAAUGUCUUUAAAAAAACCUUCAAUAUGAUUCUGGUUAGUACAUGUUUUUGUGCAAGAAAGGUACAGUAUUUUAACGAUAGGUAAAUUUGUAUCAAGUAAAUCUGCUGUAUGCUGUGUUGCCUUAUUUCUAUGCCAAUAUAAGCUCAGUAAUACACUCUGAAUAAAGAUAAAAUGGAUUUGUUAAAGGGAAAUGUGCUUACAUACUCUCUAUUAUUACACUGUUGUAAACAAGAAUAAUUUAAUGACAAUUGUUUUUGAAAGGGUUUUUAAAAUAAGUUGGACAAGAAUUUACCUUACAAGGUAAAUGUAAAGAUAAAAAUUAGGUAUCCAGAGGCAAUCUGAAAGGGUGAAAAGUUCUGAUAUACAUUAUCCUACAAUUAAAUUUACGGAAAGGAGAUUGUUUUUGUGUAAACAUUUACAUGGCUUGUCUUUAUUAAAAUCCAUUAGAUCAUUCAUAGAUGCCUCUCAGCUUCGCAGGGACAUGGCUCAGGUUGAAAUGUCUCAUAAAAAAAAUU